GGCUAGCAUCUCUCCUUUUUGAUCUUCUUUCUUCUUGGUACACUCAGCAUUUUUUUUCCCCCACCUCCCCCGCCUUCCUCCACACAGAGUCGGACUGCGCACAGAAUGCCCCUCGCUGCGCAGUGGCACACUCGGUCGCGAGCGCUGGCUGCUGGAUUGUCCAUGCGUCUGCUGCUGCUGCUGCUGGUGCUGGCGCUGAUCUUUGCUGCCUCACCAGCCAACGCCGCAGUCAACACGCUCUGCACAGACUGCAACGCAUUGCCUACGGCACGCCGGCGGACCAGCACGAGUGCUGCGUCGCGGCAAACAAUGCUCGAUACACUUGCUACUGGAACGCCCCAAACCAGAUUCGGGCGUCCUGGAUUACUUUGCCAACUUUGAUGUGACGCUCAUGGAGUCUGCCUGCCAGCCCUUCCGAGUGAACUGGCAGGACCAGAGCGGAAACAUUGCCGUCGGCCAGCCCGUUUCGCAGUCGUCCGUCAUCCAAGGCCGCGGAGCGUCCCAGGCCGUCGACGGCUUCACCUCUGCGUCCUCUUACACGUACACGGCGCUGGACACGAACGCGUGGUGGCGACUCGAUCUCGAUUCGCCCGCCACCGUCAAGUCUGUCGUCAUUUUCAACAUUCUGGACAACAGCUGCUGCACUGGCUGCACUGUUCGUGCGUGCCAGCAGCGUCUUGUGCCCUUCACCGUGACUGCUCUCACUGCGGACGGUUCCACCCUGGCAUCACAAACGUUUGCUUCCGUCCAAGCCACGUACAACUGGAUGCCGACUGGCGCCAUUCCGCUGAACAACGUCGACCACAUUGUCAUCUCGGCACCUGGCCGCCAGACGUACCUGCAUCUCAGCGAAGUCCAGGUGUACGGCUACUUUGAAGCCCCGCUUGACGCUUUGACCAACGUGACCAUGUGCACCCUGGUCAACGGCGUCCCCUCCGUCAUGGCGCUCGGCUCCGAGGGUGGCUGGCAGCACUGCCAAAUCGAGUGGACUGCCGGUGCCAACAUGACGGUCGCGCUCACGCGCGGCUCGCAGACAUCGCUGGCAGACGGUUGCAAUCCCGACAUUUACCUUCGUGCUGGUGUGGUCUCCACCUCCUCCAAGUACUACUCUCGUCAGCUUGCUGCCUUCUACUAUGGCGCAGUGUCCACGCAAACUGUCACGCUCGGUCGCAGCACGUACUGGUGGGCACCGCCUGCCGACUAUGGCACGUGGUUUGUUUCCGUCUAUGUGCCCCCGCUCAAGUUGGCCACGUCCACCUGCCGCGUCAGCGCCUUGGUGUCCUUCACCCCGCCAACCCCGACGCUGGUGGAUUUCCGCUACGAGCUCACAGCAGGCCCCAGCACCGACACCAAGAUUUUUGACGACGGCUUUGGCAGCGCCGACUACCCGGGCUCGCUCACUGGGCGGUAUCUCAUGGUGUCGGAUGCCAAUUCGAUCAUCACGCUGCAAUUCUCGUCGUUUUGCACCGAGCGCCUUGGGCACGCUUGGAAGGACCGCGUUUGCUUGUACGACGGCAACUCGACUCAAGCGCGCUCGCUCGGCUGCGUGUCUGGCUGCGACGCCCAUCCCGUUGGUAGUGACACGAGUCUCGUGAGCUCGUUGGUGGGCGUCGUGGGCUCUGAUGGCCAUUUCAACUCGAGCGUGUACGUCCGAUCGUCCUCCAAUGCCCUGCUUCUCACGUUCACGUCCGACGCCAACAACGAAAUGGCUGGCUGGCUCGUGCAGGCCGAGCAGCAGGUCAUGAACCUGACGCAGCGCUGCGUGCAGUGGUACAACACCUCCGAUCCAUACUUUUCGUGGGUCAACGUUCCUGCUGGCACCCAGUUCCGCAACACGCCGUACGCAAUCACCUACUCUGGCACUUGCAACGGCGCGGGCACCCAUCCUUGCUCAGUGCUGGUCACCAGCGGCGAUUACUACUCGGUCCAGUCCUGCUUUGGCGGCUCUUGCAACGCUGGCGCGUGCCAGGAUCAACCUGCGCUGACCAUUUCCUCGCCCGUGCCCCAGCAGGCCGUGCUGCGUCCGCAAAACAGCGCCGUUUACUCGCUCCAGGUGCGGUACAAUGUGGAUUAUUUUGACGUCCCGCCAAACUAUGUCUACCUCCGCGUCGACAGCUCCCCGUUCCGCGAGGCCAUGGUGCAAACGCUCUCGGCCAAGGCCGGCUCCUUCCUUGCCGACCUCCUCCCUGGCCUUCACGAUGUGACUGUUCAGCUUCGCGAGUAUCGCGACAGUACAGUGAUGCGCGUCUCCAAAUCCGUCGAAGUGACUGUUCUGACCCCGUUCGUCACCAUCUCCCAUCCGAUGCCCGGCACCGCCUUCAACCACUCGCGGCUCGAACCCGUUGCUAUUGACGUGGUCUUUAACGUUGGCAACGCCACCAUCAGCGCCGAGGUGGCUCCUGCUGGCGUGUACGUGCAAGUCCUCGUCGACAGCACCACGGUGGCACAGCGCUUCAAUGUCUCUGCUGGCACCCUGACCUUCCCGCCAAAGCUCGUCGUGUCUGGCCUGGCUCCUCGCUCAACCAAUUAUCUGCUCACCGUGCAGGUCCGCCAGCUCGAUCCAGCAACGCUGGUCGACACGCUGAUUGCUUGGGCCGACGUGGAUGUUGGCGUCGUCCCCGUGGUUGUUCCGGGCUGCACGUACCCGCUCGCGGAUAAUUUCGACCCCCUGGCCAACUCAAACACUGUGCCCUGCACCAUUCCGGCGAUUGUGGGCUGCUCCGACCCGACUGCUGCCAACUACAACCGCACUGCCGAAGUCGCCGGCCGCGGCACCUCUGAAGCAUGCACCCCGCGUCAUGCGACGCUCGGAUGGCCCUGCUGCAUCCCGCGUCCACUCAACCCCAACUACAACCUCAAUCCGAUCCCCGGUUGCACCAACCCCACUGCCUUCAACUACAAUUCAAACGCCAACCAAGACGACGGCUCGUGCGUCUACAUUGUGCCAAUUUUCGGCUGCACCGACCCAAGCGCCAUCAACUUUGACAUUCUGGCCAACCGUGACAAUGGCAUGUGCGUUCAGCGCGUUCUCGGUUGCACGGCACCGGCAGCCCUCAAUUUCAAGCCCACGGCGAACGUGGACGAUGGUUCCUGCGUCGCCAAGAACUUUGGCUGCAUGAACCCUCUCGACGAUGCGUACAACGCUGCUGCCAACGUGCACCAGGCGUCGUUCUGCACGGGAUCCAUUGGCUGCACUGAUCCUCUUGCCUCGAACUUUGAUCCGCGCGCCACCAUCGAUGACGGCCAACAGUGCAUUCCGCCGUUUGGCUGCACCGCUUCCUAUGUGACCAUGGAGGAGAUUGGCAAUCGGUUUGUUGGCCGCGUCAUUGUCGCCGUGCGCAACACCCCCGCCACCCUGUACAAUUGGACCCUGGAGCACCGCUUGUCGAACGACUCGUUCAUUGAGCAAGCCUCCGACCUCAAUGUCGCCCAUCGCCGCAGCUACCUGCCAUUGUCGCAAAGUGCUCUCACGCUUCGACAGUUCCUCAUCUACACGGACUUGGCCGAUCGCGUCAAUCUCGACAGGCACCUGGAGAACUAUGUCUCCGACUCGGCUCGCGACGACGGCUCUUUCUGCGUUCCCUGCUCGCCACCGAAUGCCGAUGCCAAUGUCGACGGCUUGGUUCGUUCGCUGACGCUUCGUUUCAACGGUGACGUCGACGCCGAGAUCAAGGUCGUUCAUCCGCGGUCUGGGCGCGUCUUGUUUGCCAAUCACGUCCACGCCGGCCACACUUUCACAUUCAACCAGACUUCGUACGUCGGUGCGCCCGAUACUGCGUCGCUCGUCACGUCAGACCCGGACACGGCCGCGUCGGUUGUCACACUCACCUCUGUGGUGCAGGCCGUGUUCUUGAUUGGCCCGGAAGUGCAAGUUUUUGUGGAUGACCGUCUCGACGUGACCAUCCCCACCGCCUGCCAGAGCCCCAUCGGUCCCGGCUCGGCAUUCGGCUCGUUCACCGUCGUCCGUGGCGCCACUGUCAGCUAUGGUGACUUGUGCUCUGUGCGCGACAUUUACCCGCACGACACGUCCGCCCCGUCUGGCACUUUUGUUGCCGUCACGCCCACACGGGACUGCCAAGAGAUUGGCACUUCCGGUUCGUUCGAGUACCUCUUCAUUGGCCGUCGCAUCAACGGCGCCACUGUCACCACCGCCACCGACUUUGUGCUGAAUGGCAAGCGAUGCGGUGCGACCACGUACUGCGCACUCGACUGCAACGGCCGAGGCUCGUGCCGUGACACGGCGUGCGUCUGUGACCCCGGAUACUCUGGCGAGGCGUGCGAAGUAGACUGCACCUCUCCCUGCAACGGCGUUGGCACCGUGUGCGACGUUCGCAAUCCUGGCAUCUGUGUUUGCGCCGACGGCUUUACGGGCGCUCAGUGCGAGUACUCUUGCCGCGGUGUUUGCAACAACCAAGGCACGCUCUGCAAUGCCACGGCGUGGACGGCUGCAGCCUCCGCUCAGCUGCAUCGUCUCACUGGUCUGUCGGACUCGACCGCCGUCUCGCCCUGCUUGUGCGAUGAUGGCUUUUACGGCCCACGCUGCGAGUUUGACUGCCAUGCAUCGUGUGGUGGCGUCGCUCGCGGCACCUUGUGCAAUCCUUCCAAUCUUGGCGAGUGCGUUUGCAACUCGCCCUACACUGGCUUCCAGUGCGAGCACUUCCUCUGCGACGAGGUCGAUGACUGCUCGGGUCACGGUUCCUGCACUGGCAACAACACGUGCACCUGCAACACCAACUGGUCUGGCCCGUCCUGCUCCAACUGGACGAGCCCCAGUGUUCGUCCUGGUCGCGUGUUUGACGGCCCCGCCGAGCUCGUGGAUAUUGACUUCCAGACCCACUUGACCGUGUGCGGCAGCUGGGAGCACUUCCAGUCGCCCUUGUCCAACAGCGCUGCUGGAUUCUCUGCGCCGUCGUUGGCUAUUGAUCGCUACCAGUGGGCCAUUGGCGACAACUCUACUCACCUGCCCGACUCUAUUCUUGCUUGGCAAGAUGUGAGUCGCCUCACGACGACGGCUUGUACUACGCUGACCAGAGCCCAGAUCGGUUCUGGCUCGCCGGCACUCGUCAUCACGUUCAAUGUGCGAGCAAUCCAAUCUCUCGCGACGUUCGGGCGGCCGCUGUCUCUGGCAGGCACCGAUGCGUCCGUUCCGUCUGCCGUCGCUUCUUCGAACGGCAUUCAGAUUGAUCUGAGCCCGCCCGUGAGCAGCGAUUCGACCGUCCGCAUUCUCCACGCACUCACCAACGAGGACUCUGCCUUCCAGAUUGCCGGUGAAUUGGAUGUGCAGUUUGCCACGUGCUCCGACCCCGACACGCCCGUGGUGGACGUGCAGGUUGCCGUGGGCACCAACCCGCUGCGAGAUGAUGUUCUUCCCUGGUUUUCGCUGCGGCCGCCCAUGGUGGCGCUGGUGACCUCCUCGUUCCUGGCUGCGCCUGUUUCUGUCGCCGUGACGGAAACGCGAGGACUGAUGACUGCCCCCUAUGCUCGCUUCCGCGGCGCGCAAGCGCCUUCUGUCGGCGCGGCGCAGUUGCAUUUGCCCUUCUCCGUCUCCACCGAGAGCAACAUUUACGUGUCUGUCCGAUGCAUCAAUGCCGCCGGUCUCAACUCUACCCGCACCUCGCAGCGCGUCAUUAUUGACAAGCGCCGUCCCAACUUUGGCCCCAUCAUGGACGGGUUUGGCAUCUCGCCCGACAACUCGCGUCGCGACACUGACUUCCAGUUUGACCAGACAGCUGUCUGGGCCUCGUGGGGCAAUGUUGUGGAUUCGAACGGCGCGGUUCGACGCCUGCAGUGGUCGCUCGGCACGUCGUCUUUCGCGACUGACGUCAAGGCGUGGUCGGAUUUGAGCCUGUCCCAGCUUCGCACGCUUGCCUCAGAGUUCCCCACGGCGCUUUCUGCGCGCAAUCUCGCGCUGUCAGAGCAGCGUUACUACAUUGGACUCCGUGCAACGGACGCUGCUGGCCUCACACGCACCGUGAGCACGAACGGCUUUAACGUUCGCAGCGAUCCCGAUCAUUGCGACAGCAUCCUUCCCACCAGCAUUUACGCAGACGGUGCUAUUGCGGCUGACUUUGUCGUGACGGAUGCGACUGGCAACGGCGUGACGAUGGCUGAUGCCACAACCUUUAUGGGCGCGUCCGGCUCGUCCAUCUCGUUCGUGCCGUACAACCACUCGCUCAUCAUUUCCGUUUCGGGCAACAAGGCCUUCCCCAACCCCAUGUUGCAUGACGCGAUCGAGUUCCAUGUGCACACUGGCGUCAAUGCAACCGGCGGCCAGAUGCUGCAAUUCACGGCUGUGGUCGACGGCAAAUUUGCGGGCGUCUGGCCACUGGCCGACAUGCUCGUGGCGGACGGCCUCAAUGGCCGUCUCGCGAAUGGCAGCUGGACUCGCGUGGUUGUGCCUUUCGAAAAGCUGGGCUACCGUGUGCUGAACGAGCCCGUCACCUAUCCUCGCGCCCGUUCCCUCACCUUUGCGAUCGAGGGCAUCAAUCAAGGCGCCGACGGCGCGACUGGCGUCAACAGCCAACGCGUGUACUUGGACGAGCUGCGCUACGUGCGCUCCAGCUGUUACGGCUGUGACAAUGUGGCGUACUCUGGCAAGGUUUUGGAUUCGUGCGGCCGCUGCUCAGACCUUGGCUCCACCUGCUGCGGCCAUGGAGGCGUCACUCCCAAGCGUGUCUUUGACGAUACCCUUUUGGGCGACUUUUCUCUUCCUUUCACGGGCGCAGUCGCCAUUUCGCCCGCGUUUGCACGCCACGGCGCCACCUCGCUCAAGUUCAGCCCCACGAGCGACGUCGUGGCCAUUCAGGCUCGCCGCAGCACUGUGGACCCGACCCAGAGUCACUAUGCCGUCUACUACCUGGGCCUGACUUCUGUGGACAGCACCUUGGCCAGCAACACUAGCAUUGGCGGAACCGUCAAACCCGCAGCGCAAAAGCCCGCAGAUUGCGCUGUUUGCAGCGGCGGCGUCACGCAACUCUCCUUUGUCAUCAACUCCCCCGACGCAUUCGGCCUGCAGAACGUGCUCAUUCGCUCCAUGGACGACUCGGUGACCUUCCUCAACUAUGUCGGCACCAUCGUGCCCAACCAGAAUUUCACUGCGAGCGCUGGUCUGAGGACGGACAUGACGACAGCGCGCCGCGCGAUUGACGACAGCGCCUUGCAGGUUUUCGGAACGUCCGUCAAGAUUUACGUGGGUCUGACCAGCGGUCCUGGCGGUACAACCGUGCCCAAGUACCACGCCACCCUCAACACAAACUGUCUGUCGCCGGUCGGUCCUGGCCUGAAGGUCGGCUUUUUGCAAAUCACUGGCGGCUAUUCCCUCUUUGGUGGCAAGCUUUGCCCUCUUGCUUGCAGCACGUGCGCGGGUGGCGUUUCCUACCUGCGGCUUCGGUACACUGGCAGUGCCGCGCUCAGCGAUGUUGCCGUACGCGCACAGGCGUACCUGAAGGAUGGCACCAAUCACAACCUCUACCGCGCGAGCGUCAGCCAGGGUCAGGUGAUUGAAAUUGUCACGGACAACCCAGCCAAGAGCCUUGGCUCCAUGAUUUGGAUUUGUGACUGCACAGCGGUUGGCUGCGAUUCGACACCAGGGUCGUGCCUGUUCAACAACGAUGCUGACUUUAGCACCCACACGUUCGGCGGGCGCCGGGAGUGGAAUUUGGACACUACCUGCACCGCAAAGGUCGGACCUGGCUUCCAAGUGCCGCUCAACCCUCUCUUUGAAGUCGUGGAUGCAUUCUCGACCGCGGGUGGCGAGACCUGCGAGAACACUUGCUCUCCGUGCGGUGGUGCCAUUUCUCGCGUCUCAUUCCGAUUCACCAAUCCCACGACGCAGACUGUCAAGUUUGCCCAAGGCGAGACCAAUCUCAGGGUCUUCCGCAUGGACACUGGCGCCGAGCAGCCUGGGCCGUUCGUACCGCUCGCCUUCAACACGGAUUACUACGUGCUGGCAUCUCCCUCGGCUGGCAACAUCAUUCAAGCAACCCUGCAAGGCUCCGGCCUGGUUGUUUGGCGAUUGUUUGGCGCCGAUUGUAGCUCCAGCAGCAUUGCUCCUGCAGCCGAGCCGCUUUUGGAGGGCUACACCGAGGACUUGCGCACCACCCAAGGCAACUUCCGUCUGCUCGACCCCAUCUUUUCCACGGAAGGUGGUCGCGUCUGUCCCCGCCCAACAGGCCAGUGUGUCGUCGGCCAGGGCAUCGACAAGCUUGUGCUAAAGUACUUGGGUGCUGGCCCAACCAACCUUCAAUUCCAGCAAACGGGACAAACGGUGCCCUUUGCCGCCGUGAACGCAAACAGCGAAAUUCUACUUUACACGUAUGUGCAUGGCAACGUUGCAGCCUUUGGCGGCAGCAUUGUGCUCACUUCGUCCCUGGAGGGUCGCACCACGACCAUCCACACGGACUGCUCCCGUGCCAUCGGCGUGGGCACCGUGUUUGACAGCCUGUACGAGGUAGUGGGCGGCGCCUUCCACAAUGGCGGCCCGAUCGGCCCGCUGACCUGCUCACCGUGCCGCGGCGGCUUGUCCUCUCUGGAGCUUCGCUUUAAGGGAACCAAUCCGACAUGGAUUAACGUUUAUGAUACCUUCAACGGCGAGCAAGUCUUUGGCAGCAUGGUGGAUCCCAGCACCAACAUGGGCAAAUUUUCUGUUCACCCAGGCGGCGGCAAAGCCACCUUCAACGCCAGUCUGGUGGUCGAUGCCGCGCACUUUGGCAUUGUCAAGAUUGACACGACCUGCUCCACUGCGAUCGGCGUUGAUCUGGACCUCGGCAUUUUUGAAAUCUCUGGUGGCGAAUCGUAUCAUGCCGGCCCCCUGUGUCGCAUGCACUGCGACACUUGGACGGGCUGCACAGGCACACGCAGCGUCCAGUUUAAGUAUGUUGGUGCGAACAAUGCCGACAUUCGCGUCUUUGGCGGCGCACAAGCGCGGUCGGACUUUGGAACGGUCGAGCAAACUUCGCAGUCGCUCCUGGUCAACAUGAACAACGUGGCUCCUGGCACGCCGUUCACUGUUACACCGCUUCGCAACGAGCAAACGCUGGGCAGUCUGCUGACAUUGACUGUGGACGGCGUUCGCCAUGCGGACGUUGUUGUUGACUGCACGCACGCGAUCGGUCCGCACUACCGUCCAGGCACCGCCUUUGAGGUCAUGUCUGUGACGAACAAUGCCGGUUUGCCCCUGUGCGAUGUUGCUGGCGACGACUGUCUUGCUGCUGGUACGUGUGGCGAGUGCGUCGGUGCUGUGACCCGUCUCCGCCUCAAGUACGUUGGCCGAACGCUGGGCAACGCGAGCGCGCCCGCCGACAUCUACAACUCGGCCAUGGUUGAAAUCUUCCAACAGUCUUCCCCUUACGAGAACAAUCGCGAAGUGUUCUCUGGCCGCUUGAAGGAGAAUGAAGAGUUUGCGCUUGUGGCACUGCCCGGCGAAACGUUGGAGCGCUCCUUGAUGGUCUUUGUGAAUGGCGAACGCCAUGUGGUCAUUGAUACUGGCUGCGUGCACAAGUUUGGCAUUGGCAUGCAACGCGGUGAUUUCGUUGUGACGGACGGCUUUAGCAGCGCCGGUGGUGUUCUCGGCCCGUACGUCUGUGACGAGUGCAAGGGCGGCAUCAACCGGCUCUUGUUCCAGUACGAAGGCACCGAGUCGCCAGUGCGCGUGAUUGUCAUGCGCCACUCGUUCAGUCAAAACGCAGACACUGGUAUUGCCUUCAACGACACCAUCCGCACCGGCGACCUCGUUCACCUCCACGCCGGCCCUGACUUGGCCAAUGUCUUUGGCGAGAGCGUCCAGCUCUAUGUCGACGGCCACUUGCACGCGACCAUCUUUACCGACUGCACCCGACUCAUUGGCCCUGGCGCACGCACGGACGAUUUUGUCCUUCUCGAAGCAGCGUCCAUGACGGGCGGUCUGCUUUGCCCGCCUGAAGACGAGUGUCUGCUGUUCAAUCCCGUUCCUGUGGCGCCGACAGCCGCCUUCUCGCCGACCUUGUACAACGAAAUCCAGUUCUACCUUCGUGGCGCAUCUCCCGCUGCCGUCCGCGAAAACGCCACAGACCUCCGUCUGAGGCUGGUUGGCCGCGAUGGUCUUGCCUUGGGCGAGGGCGUGUUUGUGGACGAUUUCAUGGACCGCUCGGCUGUCGCGACCGCUGACGACUGGACCAAGGUCGUCGUUCCUUUCAGCGCGCUGCUGACCGAGUCGUACUUUAUGCUCCAGAACAAGGGAUCUGGCCGCUGCCUCAGCGCACAGCAAGUCAAUCGUGUUGGAGAUCACGUGCAGCAGUUCAAGUGCGACCACGCCAACACCUACCAACGGUGGGUGUGGGAGCACGGCGAUCCUCUCGCCACGUACGCCAUGCUGCUCAACGUCGGCACGGGCAAGUGCGCGUCGCGCUCUGGCGUCGAGUCACUCUAUGACGCUCAGGGCCCCAACAAGAACAUUCCCAUCUGGAUUGUGAUUGCCGAGUGCAACCCGAACGAUUCGCGCCAGCGCUUCCGCUGGUACAACGAUCUGAUUAUCAACUCGGACUGGCACGUGUCAAUCACGGUCGACUCGUCAGAUUCCACCGCCGUCAACAAGGACGGAACGGCCAUGGUGCUCGAGUCUGUCAUCAAGAGCACGGCCAAGUGGACGUACUACACGGAUGUCACGUACGGUGGCACUGCCAACGGCCUGCCCUGCGUCUUCCCCUUCACCUACAAGGGUGUCGUGUACACGCAGUGCACCAACGUUGACAACCAUCGCGACUGGUGCUAUACCGACCCGGAUUACGCGUCGCGUCGUCGCUGGGGCUUUUGUCUCGCCCAGUUCCAAACGUCGGACGACUCGCUUGUUGCCGGCAUUUCCCUGCAGGCGGAAGCUCCUUCCUCUCUCGUUGGCCCGUACACGAACGCCCACCCGGACAUUUACCUCGACGAUGUGGCAUUUGUCAACCGCCAGUGCGACGGCGCCGAAUCCUCGCUCAACAUUGCCUAUCACAAGCCGACAACGUGCUCCUCCUUCUACGGACCUCAGUACGAGUGUGACAUGAUUGUCGAUGGCAUCAAGACGAACUACUCUCGUCGCUGGGCGUCCGCAGUUUCGCCGACGUUCAGCGCCGAGUGGGUUGCGGUUGACCUCGAGUUUGAUCACCGUGUCAGCCUUGUCCGCAUUUACUGGGCAGCGCCUGCCACGACCUUCUCGGUGCAGCUGCUGGCACGCUCCGACCAAGCGUCCAGCUCGUCCGAGCUGGUCUGGACGACGGUCGACUCUCGCACGGAAAACACUGCCUUUGUUACCUAUCACCAACUGCCCACCGCGGUGACGGCACAGCAAGUGCGCAUUGCCAUGGACGGCUCGUCUGGCCAAGGAAUUUUCUCCAUUUACGAAGUCGAGGUGGAGGGCGAGAACAUUCGCGCCAUGAUUGCCAGCUCGCAAUGCGCCUUUGCCUUUGGAGGCUCGUGCUACUCGCUUUCCGGCUCGCAAAUCGCAACCAAACCACAGGCGCGUACGCUGUGUGCCGCACAAGGCGGUGCACUCGCCGUCCUUGCUGGUGAAGAGCUGCUGCAUGUCAACCGUCUGUUUGGCACGACUCCGCAAUACUGGGUCGAGUCUUGGGAUGGUAGCGGCGACGUCAACAUGCCAUACACGUACACGCAAAACGGCGCCGAUGGCAUUCCGAUCACGUCGACCAUCCUGGUGCUGCAGUGCGCCUCGCGUAAUCUGACCGCCACCACUCUCAACCAAUGCGCCGGCACCCGCUUCCCCUUCAUGUGCAAAAUCCCGAUUGACGUCCAGUCCUUUGUGGCUGGAUACUCGUCGAGCAAAAUGUGCAGCUCGGACAAUUGCCCCGCGUCUCCGUUCAACGCUGCUCCGGCCAUCCACGCUGCGCCGGAUGUGUACGUGAACGAAGGCUUUGAGUUUAAGCUGCCCGUGUGGUUUACCGAUCGCGACUCCUCCGAGUUCUUUGCGCUGGUCGACUGGGACGAUCAGUCUGCCGAGCGUGUCGAAGUCCCGGCGUCAGGCGCACUUGGCUUUACGCUCGUCCAUUCGUACACCCAUCCCGGCGUCUACCGCGCCACCAUCUCCCUGGCUGACGACCAAGGCGGCAUGUCCACCGUUUCCGUGAGGGUGCACGUCUACAAUGUUGCUCCGCGCGUGAACGCUCCGCAGACUGUGAACUGCUACGAGAACUCUCUGUGCUCGUUUGCUGUGCCGUUUGCGGAUGAUGGCUCUGGCGACAGCCACUCGUUCUUUGUCGUCUGGGAGGACGAUCUUGGCCUUGACGCUGCCAUUGAUCCGGCGCGCAUCUUUGCCACGUCCGAGUCUGGCGCAACCAUGUACGACGGCGGCUCUCCCACGUCCUCGUCGUUCGUCCCACCGCACACGCAGUCAUACCAUACGAAUGGCGGUACCAACCAAGUGACGAUUUCUCACACAUACUCUGACGCCGGCGUGCCACGCACAGGCCGCGUUCGUAUUACCGUGACGGACUCGCAGGGCGCCAACGCCACCCAGACGGUUCAGGUUCGCAUUGGCACUUCCCGCCUGCAAACCCUCGUUUCCUUCGCCGAGCAGGUCAAGGCUGUGGUCAACGGCACCAAUGGCGCCAAUCUGACCUUUGCCUUCCUGACCAGCUACGGCGGCCCUGAGCUGGCUCGCUUUGUUGCGACGCAUUUGAACUGGGUCCAGGACUCGACGUUGCAGCUCGUAAACGUGACCAUGACCACCAUGGACGCGACCUUCCCUCGUUCGCCACGCGUCGCCUUGAACGGUCGUGCGCGCUGGAUUAAAGAGAUGGGCUUCCUGACGCCCGUCGAUGUGAGCAUCAACUUCUUUGGCCUCCGCGAGCCUUACACGACGAAUGAGAUUGCCGUUGUCAUUGCUGUGCCCGCCACCGUUGCACAGACCGAGCUGUCUGUGGAUGGUGUGACCUACCUUGCCGUUCAGCGUGCCUGGCGCCCCGACUUCUCCUUCCCCAAUACGACCGUGUUCACGUCGUGGCUCGGCAGCUUUGAUUUCGCCGCCAACACCAGCAUGCUGGUCAGCUCCAUCUCGCUCACGUCCCAAUCGGCUCAGGUUCUCUUUGGCGACUCGCUGCAUCGCGUUCUCGAAAGCGCGCCGACGCCUGCCACUUCGGUGGGCUCGGCCGAUCUCUACGCCAAAGUUGUGGGCUCGACCGUGGCGUCCACGAGCUCCAUGUUUGGUCAGGCCGUCACGUCGGAGAUUAUUCUGCAGGGUGUCAACCUGAUUGGCUCUGCCACGUUCAAUGGCCGCGUCGUUGGGUUUGACUCCUUUGCCAAGCUCCUUGCUUCCAUUCCGCAACAGGCGCUCAACGCUUCCGUCACGCCCUUCGCGACCGCUCUGCCAAUCUGGGGUGGAUUUAUGCUCGAUCGCGGCUACGCCCUCGGCCAAAAGCCACCGCUGAACGCCACUUUCGGUCAAGUCGUCUCUGCCUCCUUCCACAUCAACACCUUGUCCCCGAUCGACUUGUUCAGCGAGGACGCGCCCCAGUUGUCCGGCCCGCUUGUCUCGGGCAACGUUGUUGUCGACAUUCGCGAUUUGAGCGCCAACCCGUUCGCCUCCAGCUUCACGCCCAACCGCGCGUCCGUUGUCUUUUUGAGCUUCCUGCUGUCCAUCUAUCCGCAGUACUUCUCGCCCGCGACGGCCGUCGUUGAGAAUGCUCGCUACGUUGUGGAGCGCAACGGUCACGGCACUGCGCUCUUGUCCGGCUUUGUCGUUGAACCCACCAGCUGGCCUGCGUACAAUCGCGAUUGGAUGAGGCUGUCCCAGCUGAUGAUCUCGGCGUCACUUGCGACCUCCAACUUGGAACGCCUGGGCUCCAUUCGCAUGGAUGGCAUUGUCGAAGUCGACACGCCAUGGGAGCCUGUCGCGUCGUCCUCCAAGGUGCCGGUCGUUGUGGUCUCCAAGCUGAACUCGGUCUUGUAUCGCAACAGUGCUGGUAAAGUGGUGAAUGUGACGCGCAAGCUCGAGACUGCGCUCCGCACCACUCCUGCGCUCCCGCUGCGUGUGACUUCCAUGGGCAACCUCACGUCGUUCCUGUGGUAUGGCAACCCGCUUUCGGCUCCGAGCCGUGCUCGUGUUGAGCUCGAUCAGCGCUCGCAGCGAGGUGUGGACUUUGCCAUCGCCACCGCCGACUUCCCCGAUCUUGGUCUGUCGGAGGGCAUUACGCUGGCGUCUGCCGGCACGUUGCAAGGCUGGUUGCGCGACGAGCUUGUUGGCUUUGGCGAAUCGCUCAAUCUUGCCUCUGCCAUCCCGUACAAUGCCACCCUGCGUUUCCCCUUGUUCUCCCGCACACUUGGAGACAACCGCACCUUGUGGCUCACGCUUGUUCCGACCGCGUACAACCUCAUCGAGGGCGGUGCCUUCCGUGUCCACUCUGCCACCGUACUCGUGUCCUUCUCGCACACCACUGGCACGCCGCUGCCUCGGUUCCAGUACAUUGCCGACACUGGCAUGCAGAUCUCUGGCAACUCUUGGGCCAACCGCAUCCGCUUGAUCAUGAAGGCAACGUGGUCCACUGGCGAGCCCAUCACCUUGUCGGGCUCUUCAGCGUCUGCCUGGCGUCCGUUCGCCGAGCCGUGGAUCUUGCUCGACAAUCUGCAAGUGCGCAUCGCGAUCGGCGCUGGCUGCUUUGGUUAUGCCGGCACGCUGGAGGCCUGCGCCGCCGCGUUGCAGCCGACCUACGCCCGCUUGUUCAACCUCGAGGGCACGUACCGUCUGACCAUUGGCGAGGAUUUGCCGGUUGUCCUUCCCGUCGACAUUAAGGUCUCGCGCAACCCCGUCACCCUUGGGCUGGACGCGCUCAUCCUGCCUCGCCUUCCGCUCUUGCAGGACGCCAACUCGGUUUUCCGCCGCAUUGUGCGCUCCAUUUUGGCCGACCGCGUGUCUCUCGAGGCGUCUGCCUUUGAUGACGUUCUGAAUGCCGUGUACAUUUCUGGUCCUUCUGUUGUCGUGCCGCCUGGCGUGCUUGAUCUCGUCAACGCAAAGGCCGCGCUCCCCGGCGCCGGAGGUGUCUUGCCCGAGCCUGCCCUUGCCGACCCCUACCUCGAAUACCCGACCCCGAUUGUUCCCGACCUGAGCAACGCGUUUAUGACCGCCAGUAUGCAGCCGUACGUCUACCUGCUGCUGUCGUCCUCCACCAUUGCCAAGGGCACAAACGUUUUCCAACGCGGCAUCACUGUGUUUGAUCGCGUCGUUUUGCAAGACCCGCUUGUGUCGGACUAUCUCGCCUACCUGCCCAACAAUGCAUUGGCUGCUCCGGCAACGGCCACGGUGCUGCUUCACGUGCCCUUCACGCGCUUUGCCACCUCGACCUCGCCCACGUCGGUCAUUCUGAAUGCCACUUCCGCUUCCAAGGCUGUUCUUGAAAUUUCUGUCGGCUCCACGACCGCGACCAGCCAGCCCAUCCUCAAGGUACGCUCGGCCGAGACCUCCCUUGAGGUGUGGCAGAUGGCCUCGACGGUCGUCGUGCGCGGCUCAGCCUGCCCCAUCUACAAGUUCAAUUGCUCGCGUGCAGUGUACGUCUCGAGCGUCUCGUCCCCCGACUACGACUCGACCAUUCCCGGCAUGCACGUCGAAGUCCUUCGCGAGGAUCCUCUUGAGCUGUUCAUUGAGGAUUGUCGCACAUUGCCGUGCGUCACGCAGCGUCGCUCCUUUGAUUGUGCACCCUGCCCGGCAGGCUUUACGGGCUCCGCAACCACUGGCUGCAUUUCGUCCCUCAACCCCGUGUGCAACCCGUCCAACUGCCACAACGGCACUUGGGAUGCAAAUGCCAUGAGCUGCGUGUGCAGCACGGGCUGGAUGCACGCAGAUCGUCGCACCCCUUGCUCUGUCUGCGACCUUGGCUUCUACCCCGAGGUUCCUGGGCAAACGCACGGUGUUUCUGGCGCAAGCAACUAUUGCGGCACGUUCUGCGAUGCCACGACGUGCAACGGUGUCUGCGACAAGAUGGGCAUUUGCCGCUCCUGCGGACCCAAUGGUUUCUGGAAUGGCACUCUGCACGGCGAACGCGGUGUGCAGUUUGAUUCGUUCAACUGCUCGUGCAUUGAAUCGCGAGCGAACGGUCCUGAUGGCCCAUGCACCAUGUGCUCGGCAGAUUUCUACCCCAAGACUGCCAACGAUCCCGCUGGUGGCAUUCUCAACCUCACUGCGAGCGUGUACUGCUCCGUGUUCUGCUCCCCACUCAAUUGCAACGGCUCGUGCGCGCUCAACGGCACGUGUCUCCCUCCGAGCAACGCGACGGUCGUUUCGCCCUUCUCGUUGUUCUGGGACUCGCUUGACAUUGUCACGCAAUGCAGCGACGCGGCCGACAACAUUAUUGGGUUGUAUGAUGCGGUCAAUUCAGGUCCCCGUCCGUUCUCCCGAAGCGAUCUCGUCAACAACUGCUACAACACGCCCGGUUACGAUGCUUGGAACAUGCAAUUCCGCUACUGCGCACACAACUCGACCUCUUACCCCGACUAUGAGACGUACACGCUCGAUCCGCCGUCUGCAACCGCCACCAAGUUCUACCAGUGCAUGGUUGCCGCUCAGGCCUAUCUGGAUGCCGAGCAGGCCAAGGUGUCCAAAACCGCGUCCAUCCAGUCUGUCAUGUCGGUUGCCUCUGCCCAGUACGAGGCUUCGACGUCCUCUGUCGCUGCUGCCGCCGCCACCCCAACUUGAUUUGUGUAGCAUUUUGAGUUUUGCUGCUGCUGUUUGAUUCUGAUUCGCUUCUCUCCCCUUCACUUUGUUCUGAUGCUUGUUUGUUUUUGUUUGGUUUUGCCAUUUUGUUUUUGUUUUUGUUUUUGUUUUGAUGUUGUUAUUACUCCUGCUGUUAUUCUGAGCUCUUGUUGAUUUCUCUUAUCUCCUGCUUGUGUGCAAUUGUUGCUCUUUUGCACGCAGUUGACUUGCCUUUUGUGAUAUUUUACAUAAACGGUGUUUCAGUCU